AUGACCUUGGCUAUAGUUGAAGAAGAGAAGAUAAUUCGCCCUGUGGCCAACUUCUCUCCAAGUCUAUGGGGUGAUCGUUUCCUUUCCUUCUCCAUUGAUAAUCGCGUUGCACAAAAGUAUGCUCAAGAGAUUGAAGCAUUGAAGGAAGAAACAAGGAGUAUGUUGUUAGCUAUUACUGGAAGGAAAUUGGUUGAGAAAUUGAAUUUUAUUGAUGUUAUUGAACGUCUUGGCAUCGCGUACCACUAUGAGAAAGAAAUCGAUGACAUUUUGUAUCAAAUUUACAAUGAAAAUUCAAAAUUUGAGGGUGAUGAGUAUAAUGAUUUAUGCAUUUGUGCUCUUCAAUUUCGAUUGCUAAGGCAACAUGGUUACAACAUCUGUCUUAAAAUUUUCAACAAAUUUCAAGAUGGGAAUGGAAAUUUCAAGGAGUCGUUUGCUAGUGAUGUUUUAGGAUUAUUGAGUUUAUACGAAGCUUCACAUGUAAGGACACAUGGUGAAGAUAUCUUAGAAGAUGCACUUGUUUUCUCCACUACUCAUCUUGAGUCCGCGACGCCACAUUUGAACUCUCCUCUUAAAGAGCAAGUAACACAUGCCCUUGAGCAAUCUUUGCACAAGGGCAUUCCUCGAGUAGAGACUCGAUUCUUCAUAUCCUCAAUCUAUGAGAAGGAUGAAUCAAAGAACGACGCGUUACUUAGAUUUGCCAAAUUGGAUUUCAACUUGCUCCAAAUGCUUCACAAACAAGAACUUGCUGAAGUAUCAAGGUGGUGGAAGGAAUUGGAUUUUGUGACAACGCUUCCAUAUGCUAGAGAUAGAGUAGUUGAAUGUUAUUUUUGGACAUUAGGAGUGUAUUUUGAGCCUCAAUAUUCUCAAGCUCGCGUCAUGCUUGCUAAGACCAUAUCCAUCAUUUCUAUUGUUGACGAUACCUUUGAUUCUUAUGGUAUAGUUAAAGAACUUAACACAUACACAGACGCCAUACAAAGAUGGGAUAUAAGUGAAAUUGAUCGUCUUCCUGAUUACAUGAAGAUCAGUUAUAAAGCUCUUCUUGAUCUUUACAAAGAUUAUGAAAAUGAAUUGUCUAACGAUGGAAGAUCUCAUGUUGUCUAUCAUGCAAAAGAAAGAAUGAAAGAAAUAGUGAGGAACUAUAACGUCGAGGCUAAAUGGUUUAUUGAAGGAUAUAUGCCUCCUGUUUCUGAGUACCUAAGCAAUGCUUUAGCAACUAGUACUUAUUACUUGCUCACAACAACAUCAUAUUUGGGAAUGAAAUCUGCUACUGAGAAUGAUUCCGAAUGGUUGUCAAGGAACCCUAAAAUUCUUAAAGCUAAUGCAACAUUAUGUCGCGUUAUUGAUGACAUAGCCACAUACGAGGUUGAGAAAAGUAGGGGACAAAUUGCAACAGGAAUUGAGUGUUACAGGAGAGAUUAUGGUGUAUCAACUGAAGAAGCAAUGGUUAAAUUUCGCGAAAUGGCUGAGAUAGCAUGGAAGGAUGUUAACGAAGGAAUUCUUAGGCCGAAUCAUGUAUCCAUGGAGUUUUUAACGCGUAUUCUCAAUCUUGUUCGUCUUAUUGAUGUUAUUUACAAACACAACGAAGAUGGAUACACACAUCCGGAGAAGGUCUUAAAACCUCACAUUGUUGCCCUACUUGUGGACUCCAUCGAAAUUUGAUGAGCUACCAUAUGUUGUUAUUUUUAUCUUGUUGAAUAAAGUUGUUAGGGAGCUUCUUUAGAAGUUGUUUUGUGCACUUCUUAACUAGGACUUCAACUAAACCCUUUGUAAGAUGAUGCAUAUCU